AUGUUGCGAUCGGUGCGCGAUUUCGGACCGAGUUAUUUCGACGAUGGCUUCGUCCAUAGCCAAGCUAUGGAUGGAAAGACGGACGUGGAGGUUCAUAGAAUCCACUUCCGGAAGGUUCUUACUCUAAUGCGAGCGCAUAAGUUGUUCGCGAACCUCAAGAAGUGUAUAUUUGCAGCGAACGAAAUACUACUUCGUGGCUGCAUCGUAGGUAAAGACGGCGUACGCCCUGAUCCGGAAACGAUCAAGGCGAUUGCGACUGGCAUGUGCCAGUUGAAGUCAAGGGACUUCGAAAAUUCCUUUGCUUACCUGCACAAGUACUUGCGCAACUACGUCGAGAUGAUUGCUAAUAUAUCUCGUCUGUUAAAGAAAUACGAGAGGUGGUCAUGGAGUGCUGAGUGUCAGCACUCCUUCGAAGGUAUCAAGAAAAGCUUGAUACAAUCGCCUGUGUUGGCAAUUGCAGACCAGGACAGACUAUUCAAUGUGGUCUGUGACGCCAGCGGUUUUGCGAUCGGCUGCGCGUUAAUGCAGUACGACUCAGACGGCGUCGAGCGCGUCGUCAGUUAUCAAUCGCUUCAGCCUCAAGCGGCUGAGCGUAAUUACCCGGUGCAUGAAAAGGAACUACUUGCCAUGUAA